AUGCGGAAUGCUCCUGAUGGCCAUAUUUUUCUGGAAGCUUUCUCUCCAGUUUACAAAUAUGCACAGGACUUUUUGGUUGCCAUUGCUGAGCCUGUGUGCAGACCGACCCACAUUCACGAGUACAAGCUGACUGCGUACUCACUGUAUGCUGCUGUUAGUGUUGGCUUACAAACGAGCGACAUCACAGAGUAUUUACAAAAACUGAGCAAGACUGGUGUCCCCGAUGGAAUAAUUCAGUUUAUCAAGCUGUGUACCGUCAGCUAUGGGAAGGUGAAGCUGGUGCUGAAACAUAACAGGUAUUUCGUGGAAAGUACCCACCCUGACGUCAUUCAGCAGCUUCUGCAAGACCACGUUAUUAGAGACUGUCGCCUGAGAAAUGCCGAGGGUGAAGAAACAGAGCUCAUUACAGAGACAUUCACAAGUAAAUCAGCGAUUUCCAAAUCCAGUGAAGGUGGCUUUGGUCCAUCGACAUCACAGGGAACAGAUGCUCAGAAUAAGCCAGACGUCCCAGCUGACUUAUUUGAGUUUUAUGAACAGAUGGACAAAGAUGAGGAGGAGGAGGAGGAAACGCAGACAGUGUCUUUUGAAGUCAAGCAGGAGAUGAUUGAAGAACUUCAGAAGCGUUGUAUCCAUUUGGAGUACCCCUUGCUGGCAGAAUAUGAUUUCAGAAAUGAUUCCGUGAAUCCUGAUAUUAAUAUAGAUCUGAAACCUACGGCUGUUCUCAGGCCCUAUCAAGAGAAAAGCCUACGGAAGAUGUUUGGAAAUGGGCGAGCCAGGUCUGGUGUUAUUGUUCUGCCAUGUGGUGCUGGCAAGUCUCUGGUUGGAGUGACAGCUGCAUGUACUGUCCGCAAGCGGUGUCUGGUCCUCGGUAAUUCUGCAGUGUCUGUAGAGCAGUGGAAAGCCCAAUUCAAGAUGUGGUCCACCAUCGAUGACAGUCAGAUAUGUCGGUUCACUUCUGAUGCUAAAGACAAGCCCAUUGGCUGUUCUAUUGCUAUCAGCACAUAUUCCAUGUUGGGACACACGACGAAAAGAUCCUGGGAAGCAGAAAGAGUAAUGGAGUGGCUUAAAAGUCAAGAGUGGGGUCUUAUGAUACUUGAUGAAGUACAUACAAUCCCUGCAAAAAUGUUCAGACGUGUGCUCACUAUUGUACAAGCUCAUUGUAAACUGGGGCUGACUGCUACCCUGGUCAGAGAAGAUGAUAAAAUUGUCGACCUGAACUUCCUGAUCGGACCAAAGCUCUAUGAAGCCAACUGGAUGGAGCUGCAGAACAGUGGCUACAUUGCUAAAGUCCAGUGUGCUGAGGUUUGGUGCCCAAUGUCACCUGAAUUUUAUAGAGAAUACGUAGCUAUCAAAACAAAGAAACGGAUACUGCUGUACACCAUGAACCCAAAUAAAUUCAGAGCCUGCCAGUUUCUGAUUAAGUUUCAUGAGCGACGGAAUGAUAAAAUCAUCGUAUUUGCUGACAACGUGUUUGCACUGAAGGAGUAUGCAAUCAGACUUGGGAAACCCUACAUAUAUGGUCCUACUGCACAAGGAGAAAGAAUGCAAAUUCUACAAAACUUCAAGCACAAUCCAAAAAUCAACACUAUUUUCAUUUCCAAGGUAGGCGACACAUCCUUUGAUCUGCCGGAAGCCAAUGUUCUGAUUCAGAUUUCAUCCCAUGGUGGGUCUCGAAGACAAGAGGCUCAAAGACUGGGACGAGUGCUGAGAGCCAAAAAAGGCAUGGUUGCAGAGGAAUACAAUGCCUUUUUUUAUUCUCUUGUAUCCCAAGACACUCAGGAAAUGGCAUAUUCAACGAAGCGACAACGGUUUCUUGUAGAUCAAGGUUAUAGCUUCAAGGUAAUAACAAAGCUUGCAGGCAUGGAAGAAGAAGAACUUUCAUUUUCAUCCAAAGAAGAACAGCAGCAGCUUCUCCAGAAAGUCCUGCAAGCAUCUGACCUGGAUGCUGAGGAGGAAGUGGUUGCUGGAGAAUACGGUUCAAAGUCAGCUCAGGUGUCGCGUCGUACGGGCACAAUGAGCUCUAUGUCGGGAGCAGAUGAUACAGUUUACAUGGAAUACCACUCUUCACGGAGUAAGGCAUCUUCAAAUAAACACAUCCAUCCGCUAUUAAACGCUUCCGGAAAUGAUGUCCUCCUCCUGUGUGUUUUGUUAGAACUGUGGAUCCAUGUACCUGUUUCCAUAACUAAAAAUAUGGAGCUGAAAUUUCUCACAGGCUACAAUACCGAAACUUGUGUUUACGUGCUCUUCAUCCUUGUGGCAAACCAGCAAGUGUCUGUGAAGACAUCAGUGCUUGAAGGACACCGUUGUUACUCAUUAAAUGGGCAUGGUGACAUUGGGGGUGGCAGUUUCAGCAGCAUUUCAGCUUGGCAAAGCACUGAACUGCACUCAGGUUCUGUUCCUCUGGUUCCUUACGCCCUCCCAAUGGUUAUAAUUUUUAAUCGUGCCUUUUUUCUAGUGUGUUUAAAAACUCGGGACUUCAAGGAAUAAAGCAUGGGAAUUUAGAAAGCAUUUAAAAUUCCAAAGAAGUAACUUCACAGCUUGAAAAGAUCUUUUGGAAGAUGGGUUUGAAGACAGUCAGAAAAGGCAAAAAUCACAACUAACUCCAUGGAUUUUUCGGUGAAGAGAUGUUUCAAACUACACUGAAAAUUUUUGCUGACAUUUCAACACUCUUUUUCAGCCUUUCUUCCGUGCAAAUGUUCUGAAGAGCCUAUCUGCCCAGUCAUAGCUGAAGGUGUCACUUGGGCAGAGCUAAAUGCCUCCGAUCAAAUCUCUUUUACUUCCAUAAAUUACACUUUAAACAGUUACGUAAAACAGCCAGUAUAAUAUUUAUCAUAC